GUUACUGGGAAAAAUCACCCAAGAAGUUCUCUGGAAUAAUUUUGUGUUGCAACAUUUUUUUAAUAGGGCCACCAUAAGGACAUCCCUUUGAAUGUUUACCGGGAAGGUCUUUAUGAUUACAUAAUAGACUUUGGACCAUUUCUUUACAUAAAAUAAUCUCACCCAUUUGGUUUGGGCCAACUUAAAAACGUUGUCCUCUUCUGCUUUAAAGUUUUUCCCAGAGUCGGCGCCAGAGCAGAUCUACUGGAGGGGCAUUGGCCCCUCCUACCAGCUUCACAGCUGGUAGGAGGGGCAUCAAUGACCGCUAGGGGGGGCACGGCCCUCGAAUGCCCCCCCUUAGCGCCGGCACUGGUUUUUCCUCAGUGCUCUGACUGGAAAACUGCUGUUACUCGGAUCUAAUUAUUUGACCAGACAACCCAAUCAACUUUCAGAUAAAGCCUUUAGAACUUUAUUCCUUCAAAUCAUGAGCAUCCAAACCACAACGUCCUACCAUGAAGGGGCCUACCUGUCCCUGAUGAGAGGCUUGAAAGAACUGGACAUCAAUGACCCUAGUGUGCCCUGUGACCUGGUGCUGAAUGGAGACAAUGCCUUUCCUUUAGCAAUCAACAGCCAAGGCCAGGUCUUGAUGGCAGCCUCUCGGUACGGCAGAGGAAAGAUUGUGGUCCUCGGUCAUGAGAGCUACCUGUACAUUUUCCCUGAUCUGGUAGAGAACGCUGUGACCUGGCUGAGAGGAAAAGGAUCUGACAACCUCACUGUGGGUGUCCAUAAUUACAUCAAGGCAGUCUCUGAUAACCUCAUCAAAUCCGGCUUUAAAGCCAAAGUGGUUGGGUCCUUCAGUGACAGUCGGGAGGUUAGUGUUUAUGUGACAGAUGCUUACGGCGUGGAAGAAGACGCAAUAGACCUGGUGGCAUUUCUGAAAGCUGGAGGAGGAGUGCUGAUAGCAGGGCAGGCGUGGCACUGGGCUUCAACCAACCCAAACGAGAACACACUGCUACAAUUUCCAGGGAAUAAAGUGUCUGGUGUGGCAGGGAUCUACUUUACUGCGCGUUAUGGUAAGGUAGAGAUCCUGCCUGUCUCCCCUCAGAUCCCAUCCUCAUGGAUGACUUUACGUGUGCGUGAAGAUUUUGAGAAAGACCUGUUGAUCUUACUCCAGGGGGUUUCAGAGUUUGACCUCACCGGUGGUAUGUUACCUUCUGAGGCACUAAUCCAUGGCCCGUUAGCCUUCCCCAUUGGUACCACCGAGGAUGGACGGCCGUUCCUUGCAGGAAGCUACUAUGGACGGGGGCGGGUCGUUGUGAUCACACAUGAAGCGCCUCUGGGUUUACAGUCACUGGCUCCUUUCUGGAAAAAUGCCAUCAAUUGGUUGGACCAAGGCCGGAAGGGGGUCGUUGGUGUUGAGCCUAACCUCAAUCUUCUCAGCACGUCAGGGUUAAAGUAUGAGGAGACAGCGUUCAGGAAAGACCUGAGCGUAUUUGUGUGUACAGCCUAUGGUGAUCAACAUGUGGAGGAGAUCCAAGACUUUGUAGCAGAGGGAGGAGGCCUGCUGAUUGGUGGACAUGCAUGGUACUGGGCACAGUCACAUCCUGGAAAAAACCCGAUGACAGAUUUCUCAGGAAACAAGAUCCUGAACACAUUGGGCUUGAGCCUUAUGGCGGCAACAAUUCCAGGAGGUUCCUACAAGGCUACUGUGCCUAGCCAUGCAAUGACGUACACCUACCACUUUCGCAACCUCCUACGUGACUUUGCUCAUCAUGUUAAACAGGGCAAAAAACUCUCCAAGGAUGAGGAGGAACACCUAGAAAAACUGGGCAUGGAGUGUAGCAACUUCUUGAUGAUGAAGUCGUAUGGCAGCUACUCCUACACACAGGUGCUGUCCAUCCUCACUGACAUAUUAAAGAAGUUGGGCAUGCCACAGGUGAGUGAGGAAAACCCUGUAAAGAGCCCCAAAGACCACUUGCUCCUGAGAUUGGGGAAAGACGUCUAUGAUGUAUCCCCAGAUCCGGAAGCUCUCCUUCCGUUUCUCAUCAAGGAUAAUGCCAUGCCUUUUGUCUAUAACCGGAAAGUGCGGAUAAGCACUACAACAGCAGAUAAGAAUGAGUGGAUCAGUACAGGUCUGUACCUCUAUCCUGGUAUGAAAACUGAGAUGAUCAUACCAGCCAACAUCGUCAACAAGAACUGGACGAUCCAGAUAGGUUGCCAGACAGACUACUUGCCUCAUGAGGAGCUGAAGAGAGCGAAGUCUGUUUGUAAGCAAUUUCCUGUCACUGCAGAGAAGAUGCAGGUGUGGAACCUAUGGGGGGGACUCAUCUACCUGGUGGCUCCACCCAACACAAAGGUGGAGGGAGCAGAGGUCAGAGUGCAGAUUGCCAUUCCUGCUCCUUAUUACAAGUCUGGUGUGACAACAGCAGCUGAUUGGUUGUUGCUGCGCAACGCUCCAGCACCCUGGGCAGAGUUUGAGUUUGACAACGUCAUCCUUACCGUACCAUCAGACGUUGUUAGAAACUUGGAGCGCACUGAUGAGGUGGCAGCGCUGUGGAACGGCAUCAUGAAGGGUAUUGCAGAUCUGGCUGCCAUACCACAAACAUUUUCCCGCAAAGAACGUUUUGUGGCAGAUGUGCAGAUUUCUGCUGGUUGGAUGCAUUCUGGCUAUCCAGUCAUGAUAACCACAUAUUCAGCUGCUGAGCUCUUUAAACCAGAUGAGGCCAGGACUGAAGGUCUGUGGGGAGAAACUCAUGAACUGGGACACAACCAACAGAGAAGCUGCUCGGAGUUCAGACCAAACACCACAGAGGCCACAUGCAACCUGUGGUCAGUGUAUGUGCAUGAAGAGGUGCUGGGGCUCAACAGAGCAAAGGCUCAUCCAAUGAUGACUCCAACCAAUCGGAAGAAUUCUGUAGAUGAGUAUGUUAAGGGGGGCAAGAAACUCAGCGACUGGACUGUGUGGGUGGCCCUGGAGACAUACCUGCAGCUCCAAGGAAAGUUUGGCUGGGAUGCUUUUAAGAAAGUAUUUGCUGCCUACCAAAGGAUGAGCAACUUCCCCACAGAGAAUGAUGCAAAGAUGAACUUGUAUGCUGUGACCUUCUCCAAGAUUGUUGGGAUGAACCUGUCUGCAUUCUUUAAGGCCUGGAGCUGGCCCAUCAACAGAGCCACUGAGGAGAAACUCUGCAACCUGCCUCCCUGGAGCGACCACCCCAUGCUCAAAUAUGACUAACCUAACAGCAGCGUAAUCAAUUCCAGAGCAAUUUGUGUUAUAAUUGGCGUUCAUUUGGGUAAUAGGCUUCCUUGUAAUAGUUGUACUAGUGAUUUAACUUAAUAGUGAAACAAAUGAUAAGACAAAAAAAAAUGUUGACUACCCCUUGCAGCUUAAAACAGUUUAAUACAGCUGGUUCGCCUGCAGAUCAAAGGUGUAGAGCAUUCUCUUUAAAUUCAUCAUUAUAAGCAUUCCUCUCACUUAUGCACAUUGAAGUAGCUCCCUGUCAAUAACAAUGUUAAUGAUGGCAGCUUUACAUCAUUUUCAGCAACAAUAAUGAAAUUGGUAAUUGUGUCAUUAGAUUUAAGGCACUAUUAUGAAAGCCACCUUAAGUACUUAAUUCAGGGUCAUAUACCUCAAAUACUAUUCCAGAUAUUUAGAUGUUUCAUUUGGGGAUCAUUAAUCUUUGUCUCUCAGCGAUGGAUUAUUUUCUCUCCUAGCUGUUAAAAGUUAUUCAAUUUACCACAUUUAUUCAAGAAAAUGACAAGAAAGGAAUUCAUUCAGGAAAAGUGCAGUCUAAUUUUCCAGUUGUAAACAAUUGAUAUUUGCCUUUACUCUCAAUAAACCACACAAAUAAACAGUUUCA